CAACGGGGUUAAAUGGAGGCUGCGUUGCCCAUGCUUUCACUAGACCCUUGUUUCAGACAACGGGAGUUGGUCGGAACUAGGAAACACGGACAUUUCUGACAUGCUAAAUGUUUGUAGUUAUACACGUGCCGCGUUCAACGAAUCAGCAAUUCUGAGUUAUCUGAGUUUCCUAGUUCCGACUGGAUGUGAACGCCGCACAAAUCCUAUACCCGAGCAGUUCAUUCCGCGCAUCACUCACUCGUACUCGACUAUUGUAUGUAGGCUGGCUACUAGUCUACUGUUUAUGUUUCGGAGCCAAAGCAAGCACAGGUUAAAGUAGGCUAUCCACUUACCGCUGUCAGAGUUUAUUUUACGCCUGCUACGCUGGGUUAGGCUACUGUCAGAGACACACCUAAAGCAUGGAUGCUCUGAAAUCAGCUGGAAGAGCGAUUAUCAAGAGUCCCGGAGUUCCGCGGCACACAUGGGGCACCUCCAAGCACGACAAGCUGCCAGAGAACUGGACAGACACCAAGGAGACCCUAUUGGAAGGGAUGGUUUUCCAGGUCAAGUACCUGGGGAUGACUCUGGUGGGACAGCCUAAAGGAGAGGACAUGGCCGCUGCAGCUAUACACAGGAUAGUCUCUACGGCCCGGGCAAGUGCUAAGAAGUUCCGUAAGGUGACCUUGACCAUCUCUCCUAAAGGAAUCAUCAUCACAGACACAGAGACACAGGACCUCAUAGAGAAUGUGUCCAUAUAUAGAAUCUCCUACUGUACUGCAGAUAAAACCCAGGACAAAGUGUUUGCCUACGUCUCCCAGAUUCAGUUAGACGAGACCCUCGAGUGCCACGCCUUCCUCUGUCACAAGAAGAAGAUCGCCCAAGCUGUGACUCUCACCGUAGCCCAGGCCUUCACAGUAGCUCUGGACCUGUGGGAGAUUGCUCAGGAAGGUGAGUACUAA